GAAAAGAUAAUACACAAUGGAACAAAACCUUUUAAAUGUGACUCUUGUGAUAAAGUGUUUGCCCAUAAGAACAGUUUAAAGAUUCACAAAGAAGCACACAAGAAUAAAGUAAGCAGCAAUCUAGAGAGAAGUGGUGUACUGCAUCAUGCAAAGAAACAACAGGCAAUUCAAACAAUAGAGAAGUCAUUCAAAUGCACAAUAUGCCAUAAAACCUAUAAACAAAAAGGGUACCUGAAUCAACACAUUCAAAUACACAGAGGAGAGAAAGAAUUCAAAUGCAAUAUUUGCAAUAAAGACUUUGCAACAAAAGGUAGCUUGCAAACCCAUAAUCAAAUACAUCAAGGAGGGAAACCACAUAAAUGUACAAUCUGUGAUAAAGCCUUUGCAUACAAGAGUACUUUAAACAGUCAUCAUCAAAUCCACAGUCCAGAGAAACCUUUUAAGUGUACAAUCUGUAAUAAAGCCUUCAGAUGCAAGACUAAUUUAGACAGACAUCAUCGAAUCCACAGUGGAGAGAAACCAUUUAAGUGUACAAUCUGUAAUAAAGCCUUCAGAUACAAGACUAGUUUAGACAGACAUCAUCUAAUCCACAGUGGAGAGAUCGAGAAGCCAUAUAAAUGUACAAUCUGUGACAAAGCCUUCAAAAAAAUGGAUUCUUUAAACAGUCAUCAUCGAAUCCACAGUGGAGAGAAACCAUUUAAGUGUACAAUUUGUGAUAAAGCCUUCACACAGAAGAGUCAGUUAAACAGUCAUCAUCGAAUCCACAGUGAAGAGAAACCAUAUAAAUGUACAAUCUGUAAUAAAGGCUUCACACACAAGACUAAUUUAAACAGUCAUCAUCAAAUUCACAGUGGAGACAAAGCAUUCCAAUGUACAAUCUGUAACGAAACAUUCACAUACAGGACUGAUUUUAAUAUUCAUCGCCGAAUCCACAGAGGAGAGAAACUAGGUGUACAAUCUGUAAUAAAGGCUUCAGAAUAAAAAAUUCUUUAAGCAGACACCGAACCAGAGAGGAGAGAGACAAUGGAAAUCUAAAAUCUAGAAUUUCAAUUUCUACUUAGAUAACACAGACCAUAAUGUAAUGAGUUGUUUUUUUUUUCCUACAUGUAUUUCUCCAUGGUUCUAUUCCUGGCAUUAUUUUGUCUGCUCUGCCCUUGUACAUUAUUUAGCAAUGGUUACAGUUCUUUGUAUUUUUCAUCAUCAGCUUUAUUUCCUAUCCCACUGAGCUUUAUUUUCUUUUUCAACUGUUACAAUUCUUAAUUAUCAUUAAAGCUUUCAUUACAUAACAUUUUGACGCUUUCAGUGCCAGAAUACAGUCCAGUCCCAGACCCUUUUUAUCCUGCUCCGUCGAGCUGUUGGUCGCGGAAAAAGUGAUCCAGAAUAUCGUGAAUGCGUAUGCACUGUUUUAUCCAAUUAGAAUCUGCCUGGAAUUACAAUGAUCAUUUGUUGCUUUCUCUUUGGAAAGAUAUGACAUAAUAUGAGUUUUAAAUGAGGUUGCACUCCCUUUUUAACACAGGCGAAAACACAUU